AAACCAUGAGUUGUAAGACCUGUCCAAGAUGAAACUGUUCGUAUUCCUGGCUCUGGCCGUGGCCGCCGCCACUGCCAUUCCUACCCCGGACCAGAAGUUGGUCCCCACCCCGGUGAAGGACCUCAAGAUCGAGGGUCGCAUCACCAACGGCUACCCAGCCUACGAGGGCAAGGUGCCCUACAUCGUGGGUCUGCUCUUCAGCGGCAACGGAAACUGGUGGUGCGGUGGCUCCAUCAUCGGCAACACCUGGGUGCUGACCGCCGCCCACUGCACCAGCGGAGCCAACGGAGUGACCAUCAACUACGGAGCCAGUCUGCGCAACCAGCCCCAGUACACCCACUGGGUGGGCAGCGGAAACUUCGUCCAGCACCACCACUACAACAGCGGCAACCUGCACAACGACAUCUCCCUGAUCCGCACCCCGCACGUCGACUUCUGGCACCUGGUCAACAAGGUGGAGCUGCCCAGCCUCAACGACCGCAACCGCGACUACGCCGGAUGGUGGGCCGUGGCCUCCGGAUGGGGCGGCACCUACGAUGGCAGCCCACUGCCCGACUGGCUCCAGUCCGUCGAUGUCCAGAUCAUUUCCCAGGGUGAGUGCAGCCGCACCUGGUCCCUCCACGACAACAUGAUCUGCAUCAGCACCAACGGCGGAAAGUCCACCUGCGGAGGCGACUCCGGUGGCCCCCUGGUCACACACGACGGCAACCGCCUGGUCGGAGUGACAUCCUUCGUGUCCGGCAACGGCUGCCAGUCUGGUGCUCCUGCUGUCUUCAGCCGCGUCACCGGAUAUCUCGACUGGAUCCGCGACAACACCGGCAUCUCGUACUAAGUGAGCAGUAGCUUCUUUGUCUGCAGUCUCACGGAUUACGGAUGAGAGGGUAGACUCCAAAUAAAUUCUUUUAUUGUGAAUAUAAAUCCA